CCACCUAGCCGUUGGUUGGACCGCCAAGGGAAGCAGCCAUUUUUGUUCCGGGAAAGGGAGUCUUCGCGAUCUUAAGAGGUGAAAGAAGUCACCCGCCGAUUUACUCUAGGGUUUUUAAAAAAUCACUCGACCGAGGUCUCACCGUAUAUUAAGCGGAGGUAAAUAAGGGGAACGCGGUGAGUAAUUAUACGGCGAACCGUCUUCCCCGCUGCCCUCACUCAAUAUGUCGGCGCGAUGCAGGCAAGGACCGCAAUCUUUUUAACAGGGAUGUUGCUUGUGCAAAAUGGCCGGCGAGAGAAGGUGGCGCUCUAGCGUGGCGUCUCUAUGACUUGAGCAUACUGGUGGAGUUCAGUUUUGCUGAGUUGGGGGCUGCAGAAUGAGCGGGCCCGAAAGAGUCAAAACGAGCAGGAAGGGAUCGGUGGCGGCUGCAGCGCGACAGGCGUGAUAGCUCUCAGUGUAGUGGUCGCCUCGGUUGCUCCUGCUCUAAGCCAGGCAUUGCCCAGCCUGCUUAGAGGGGCUGCUCUUUUGCUAAUCCGUCCUCUUUUCACUUUCAGGCUUUUUCUCCUCAAUCAUUAGGAUCCUCGUCCUGUUGCUCCCUUCCGUGCCUCAAUCCCUUCGUCCUGUCCCCACUUUUGCUUCCUGGGAUCUCGCCACCACUCCAGUCUACCCCGUUGCCGCACAUCUUCUAAAUUAUCCUCUGAUCUGACUUGCCCCUUAUCCGAACAGUCAUCGUAAUCCCCUCCACCCCUGUAUGUUUUUCAGCUACCCGACUCGAUCCUCCAGCGGCUGACCCUUAAAGCUUAAUCCGGCUCCAUCAGCUCCCUCUUCCGUGCUUGGCAUUUACCCAAUCUGAAAGUCCCCAUCCUGUUUCCCCACCCCUUUCAUUGCUCGAAAGCUGUCGCCUCCCACUUCUCUUUUUCCUUUCUUUACACAGAUCCCAUUUUCGCUCCCACCCUUGCAUGAUUCUUAGGGGGGGUUCUCUGCUACUCUUUACCCUUGGAAGGUUCUGCCCUGCCUACCUUCAACACUCUCGGGUCUUUCCUUCCGGGGUGUUAAAGCAGCCCCCCCCCGCCCUUUUGGCUGGAGCAGUCUCCCAUCUUCCGUUCUUUCAUUGCUUAGUUGCACUUUUGUUUCUUGGUGCCCUGCUUCUCCACUGCACUCAGAUUUAGGAGUAAACACCCCACCCUCUUAUUUUUUGUUUAACAAUUUCCUGAACUGCAAGUUUCCUCUUCGCUUGCAUGCUUGCUUCUUAUCGUUAAACCUCACUAGAUCAUUCUGGCUGCUUGCUUUUUGACCUCUUAGUCUUCUCUCAUGGGGACAUGUAAAGCGCUGGCUCUAAGCUAACUUUUAGUGCUUCAGUAUUUCUUCUUGUUGCUGUUAUAUUUGGGUUGGGGAAAAUCUGUGUGGUACAUAGCUCUAUACGGGUGGUAAUAGUAUUUGAAGAGGCUGAAGAGGAGGAUGCCAAGGAAACUGCUGUUACCUUAUAAAUCUGUGUUUUCUCACUCCCGAGUUCCGAGGGGUUUGCAUGAUUCCUUGGCAAUGAAUGCAGCCAGAAGUGGCUACCGGGUCUUCUCAGCAAACUCCACAGCAGCUUGCACUGAGCUGGCGAAGAGAAUCACUGAGCGUCUUGGUGCUGAGCUUGGAAAAUCUGUUGUGUAUCAAGAAACCAAUGGAGAAACAAGGGUUGAAAUCAAGGAAUCGGUCCGAGGCCAGGAUGUGUUCAUUAUUCAGACCAUCCCCAGAGAUGUGAAUACCGCAGUGAUGGAACUGCUGAUUAUGGCUUAUGCACUGAAGACGUCCUGCGCCAAAAACAUCACUGGGGUAAUUCCCUACUUCCCCUACAGCAAGCAAAGCAAAAUGAGGAAGAGAGGUUCAAUAGUCUGUAAACUUCUUGCUUCUAUGUUGGCCAAAGCAGGUUUGACCCACAUCAUCACUAUGGAUCUUCAUCAAAAAGAAAUCCAGGGCUUUUUCAGCUUUCCUGUGGAUAACUUGAGAGCAUCGCCUUUCUUGCUUCAGUAUAUACAAGAAGAGAUUCCUGAUUAUAGAAAUGCGGUAAUUGUAGCCAAGAGCCCUGAUGCUGCUAAGAGGGCCCAGUCUUAUGCUGAGCGGCUGCGGCUAGGAUUGGCGGUCAUUCAUGGGGAGGCUCAGUGCACGGAGCAAGACAUGGACGAUGGACGACACUCUCCUCCAACAGUUAAAAAUACUACGCUGCACACUGGUCUGGAACUGCCCUUGAUGAUGGCCAAAGAGAAACCACCCAUAACAGUAGUUGGAGAUGUUGGAGGCAGAAUUGCCAUCAUUGUGGAUGAUAUCAUUGAUGAUGUGGAAAGCUUUGUGGCAGCUGCAGAAAUCCUGAAAGAGCGUGGUGCUUACAAGAUCUUUGUCAUGGCCACUCAUGGGCUUUUGUCUGCAGAUGCUCCUCGUCUAAUUGAAGAGUCAUCAAUUGAUGAGGUGGUGGUCACCAAUACAGUUCCCCAUGAAGUGCAGAAACUGCAGUGUCCCAAGAUAAAGACUGUGGAUAUCAGUUUGAUCCUCUCUGAAGCAAUUCGCCGAAUCCACAAUGGGGAGUCCAUGGCUUACCUGUUCCGCAAUAUUACCAUGGAUGAUUAGAUUCUUUUUGUCAUUCUGCUAUCUGGUUUUCUCAAACAGAAGAGAGAAAGGAAUAUGCAUGAAAAAGCAGUGCCAUACAGUUGAUAGUAUACAAUUUGGUGGGGGGUAGGGAGUUUUUCAGUGGGGAUGGGUGUUGACUGAUGCCAUGAGAACUGAGAGUCUGAUUUUUACUGGUCUGACAGCUCUUUAUCUGGAGGCUCUUAGGUCAGGCUGCAAAUAGGCAUUUGGCAUGUACUUUAAAUUGUUUGAAUGAUACUCAUGGUGGCCUUUUGCUUCUGUUAAACAAAGUUAGUGUGUCACAAGGGGGCAAUUGGGGUUGACCUCGGUGGCUUACUACGAUUUUGCUUACUCCAUGAAUUCUCUAGGCACACGCUUCCUCAAGCUACUUGGAAGAAAGCAUGCUUGUUCUUGUACUGGUGGUAUGUGCAAUGCCCUCUUGCCAUUUUGAGAACCAUUCUUAAUCUCGUGGAUGCAGCAGAAUUUCCUUUUGUGAAAUCAUUUACUAAUUGGUUCAUUUUAUGGCAGCUUAGGUAAUUUCGUCAGCAAUAACAUAGCAUGAUGCUGUGGUUCCAAAGUUGUGGUAGAAACUAGACUGUGCUACCUCUUCUUAUUUAUAGAGUACUAGGCACUAAUCAUGCCUAGCUGGCAUAUAAGAGAGAUGUAGGACUUCUGUCAUUCUUGCUACUGAUUUGGAGAUUAAGCGCAGUGGAAGGACAUUUGUCUCUGGUUGUAUUCAGUAUUCACGCGAGUCCCAAGACUGAGGUAUGUUCUCCACAAAGGAUGGAGAGACCCAUGCAGUACCUUCCAGUGUCUUGCAUAGCUGUAUUCCCUAUUGCAAAAUGAUUAACCAAGUUAAAUGGUACUUUGUGAAUCCUUGAGGUUAGCAAUAUAGACUGACCCCUUCUAUUAACAUUAGGGUGGUUUAGCCUGCUUUGCAAAGCAGUGGCUUUUACACAUUUUAUUAUGAAGGCCUAUAGAAUUUCAUAUCUGUUUGUGUCUGUCUAUUAGAUUACAGCCCCUGGCUUGGAAACUGAGCUCCCUGCCCUUUGUGCAUUGUUCCCCCCUGCCCUGCCUUAACACCUGCUCCCGAAUGUCUGUGUCCCACCCAUCAGAUUCCUGCAAUCUGCUGGCAAACCCCUCUCAAUGUCUGGGAACCACUCAUCUUAUUCCUAUGCAUUGCCAACUUUUCAAUGCCAAGAGUUGAUCUUUUCAGAUCAAUUCCAAGCUUUUAAGAAACCCUCUUGCACAUUUGAUAAGAAUGUAUUAACCUAUAUGUAACACCAGCAAAAGAACUGCAUAUUUCCUUCCCAGAUGACUAUAGAGCAGGACUUGGACCUUCUAAAAUCUUUGAUUAUUUUUAGAUUGGUAACAGUUCAGAAGUUUGCUAACAACUUUCUUUAAAGUAGUUCUUAAAAUCACCUUGUUGAAAUGCUGUUUACUCAAACUAUAGUUUGGUCCCAAAAAAUUAAGAAUAUCACAGUUGCCAAUCAGGGUCAUUGGCAUCUUGCUUGGCUACCCAGCUGCUGGAAACAACUCACAAAGGCAGGGCUGCCAUAGGAAUGCGAGGCCAAGGAAGCAAAACCUGAUGCUGCUCCCCACGCCGAGCUGGCAGCUGCCUCUGAGGGCUGCUGUGCAGCAUGGCCCAGCCCAGGCUUCCUCACUCAGCACCGGUGUCAAGUGGUCCACUCAGUUCAGCCUGGCUUCUCUUGGCUUGGUCGUAGCCACUCUGUAGGGUCCCUAGAUCCAGCUCUUACAUUUUUUAACAUUUCAGUUGAAGGGAGAAUUGUUUCUGGGGCAGCUUCUCCCCCAUGGUAAGGAUGAUGAAGUGAAAAGAGGUCAACAACACCUGGCAAAAUCUUGCUGUUAAAAGUCGAUGCAAAGGGGACAAGAGCACUGUCAAACCAUGCAGCUCCGGCCCUUGUUCUUCUGCAGCUUCCAGAAACUUCUUGCCGGGUCAGUCCUUUCCUUCUAAUGGCUCCCAGCUUUCAUGUUGCUGUGCAAGAGGUUACUUCCCCAGACAUCAUUUUCUUCUUGACUACUUGAGCGCAGUAGUCUUCCAUGCCCCUCUGUGCAUCGUUGAACCUGCCCCCUUUCCUUCACCAACCUCUCUUUGGGCUCAGUGCCCCUUAGUCUUCCGGCCUCCUGCUAAGAGUGGCUUUGGCCAUUAUAGGAAGUACAGAAAAGGGGAUGAACAACUCAGGCAUGCUCUUUCGCAAUGUAAGGAGCAAGGUCAUGGGGAGUUGGGCGUUCCAUUACUCAUUCCAUUCCACUCUAAAUACUGCAUCAAAAGCACAGAAAGAAGAGGAUACCUAAUCUGACAUCUUGGCACAAUUUGUAAAAGCCCAAAUCACUUGCUUCUACAGCUCUUCUUUUCUCCGUCCCUUGCAGUAGGAGCUAUUGUAUAGGAGCAAUUAUAUUGCAAUAGGAACUAUUAAUAACCAACCUUAUUGAAGCUGAACUUUCUGAAUAGCCUGUUGGAACAGAUGGAACUUUUACACUGUAUGUUUUGCCCUGAGCAUUCAGUCUAUUGACAAAAACUAUAAAUACAGCUUCAUUACCUCAUCAGCUAGAACACUAAUAAGCAUUCCAUGACAUCAUAGCCAUUCAGCCAAUCUCUGCUGGAGGCUUCAAUAUCAUGGAUGUGCUUCAGUGCAUUACAAUAUAUAUGAAUGGAUUUUGGGAGCUCCCAAAUACCUGCACUGAAAGAAAAAGAAGAAAAGGAUUCUGCUAUGGUCUCACUCAUUCCAAACUAGUAUUAACAGACAUGUAGUUAAAGUCUGUUAGUUAACUAAUCCAAUCAACAACCACAUUAUAAGAGUUGUUGUAGCAAAGCAGAGCUACAGUACUAACAGUCAGGAUGACGGUAUGCUAAAACCACAGCAACCUACACUGGCACUGGAGUUUAAGUGCCUUGAAUGUGGAGUGGUAGUUCUAAUCCACAUCAGUAAUUCUACGAACAGAGCUGACUGUGGUGUACUUUCCAGAGUGAUUAACUUUGCGAUCUUGAUGCUAUUUAGACCAUCACCCUUAACUGCUUAAAAUUGCAGUCGAGGCUGUCAAGAAAGACCAUGCAGACCUUUUUUUCCUCCACUUUUUCUUGGAAACGAGGAGUUGUCCUUCAACUUUUCCCUACAUGUUCCCUCCCCCACCCCCCAGCAUAUGUAAGCACAUUUCAGUGUGUGUGAAAAGCGCAAACAUGAUGACUGAAACUCAAGGAAAAGCCUUGACUGUUCAGCAAGCAAAGGCUUCUCAGUUUGUGUAUGCAAAAGUGCAGAGGUCACAAGUUAGCUACCUUGCUGGCUCUCGUUGAUUCCAUAAGUAUGUAUGUCUGGACAUAGACUCCUUGUCGAGACACUAGUUUACAAGUGCUAUGCCCUCUCAGAUAACCCUCAGUAUAAGCAAUACAUUGGAAUAGGCUCACAACAGUUUUACUAGAAAUGGAGGCUGAAGUUACCUCACUUGGUUCAUUGCUAUGAUUUUUAUGAGCUUGGGUUCAAAGUCAGAUAUUUCUUAUAUAAAAAGAAUGUACUUUUAAAGUAUCGAUGGCACUGCCUAAAAUGUGGGUGAAGUCUGAAAUGUUGUGAUGUCUCCUUUCUGCUCAAGUGGUUUCAGGUUUGUGCUGGUUAUUAGUUGCCAGCUUUACAACCAUCAAAACCAUCCAUAUACAUAGUAGAGAGUAAAAAAAAAGUUUAUGCAUUAUCUGUACUGUUUUGUUCAAACAAUAUAUUGGGUUUAAUCUUC